AUGGCUGCCAAUGCAUCUAAAACGACAGACUGGUCUCCGGACAGCUGGAGAUCAAAACCAAUUGCCCAAGCCGUCAAGUAUGAAGACGCCAAUGCCGUCGAAGCAGCACUCACAAAACUCAAGCAUGUUCCUCCAAUCGUCACACCAACUGAAAUCUGGAAAUUACGCAGAUCCCUGAAAAACGUGGCGCUGGGCAGAGCAUUCUUGCUUCAAGGCGGUGACUGUGCUGAACUAUUCGAGUACUGCCAUGGCGACUCAAUCGAUUCCAAGAUCAAGCUUCUCCUCCAGAUGUCGCUCGUUCUCAUCUGGGGUGGAAACCGGCCUGUGGUGCGCAUAGCAAGAAUGGCAGGACAAUAUGCUAAGCCGCGGAGUAAACCCACAGAAAUGUUCAAUGGACAGGAGAUACCAAGCUAUCGCGGUGACAUCCUGAAUGGUUACCCCCCUGAUAGCCGCAAGAUCGAUCCUGAUCGACUGGUGCAGGCAUACUUCCACUCUGCUGCGACUCUCAAUUACGUGCGGGCCCAACUUGCUUCUGGGAUCGCGGACCUGCACAAUCCGAUGGAUUGGGGUCUUGGUUAUGUGAAGGAUCAAGCUUUGCUUUCCAAAUACACGGGAAUUGUGGAGAGUAUUUGCGAGAGCUUGCGCUUCAUGCACACCAUCGGAGCAGACACCGCAAGCCAAUUAAGCAGUGUCGACCUCUUCUCCAGCCACGAGGCCUUACUACUCGCCUAUGAAGAGGGUCUUACCCGCUACCUAAAACAUCCGCAAAAUCGUGAGAGUCCUGAGAACUCAACAAACACCAAUGCGCCUUCUUCGAGCAAUGCUGGCUACUACAACACCAGUGCACACUUCAUUUGGAUUGGUGACCGAACGAGACAAGUUGAUCACGCUCACAUCGAGUAUGCUCGUGGAAUCGAGAAUCCCAUUGGCAUCAAGGUGGGCCCAACAACAAAUCCAGCAGAUCUUGGCAAGCUCCUCGACCUGGUCAAUCCAAAUCAUGAGAUUGGCAAAGUGACUCUGAUUCACCGAUAUGGCAAGGACAAAGUCACACAAUUGCUACCGAAACACAUCGAGGCAGUGCGACAAACUGGACAUAUCGUGGUGUGGCAGUGCGAUCCGAUGCACGGCAACACUCGUUCAACGGAAGAAGGCAUCAAAACGAGAUCAUUCCAAGAUAUCUUCGACGAGCUUUCAGCAGCUAUUCGUAUACACAAGCAAUGCGGCACGUACCUGGGCGGAGUACAUCUCGAGCUCACUGCUGAUGCAGUCACGGAAUGUACCGGCGGCAGUACUGGUCUUGAUGAUAAGGAUCUGAGUCAAGCGUACACCACCUACUGUGAUCCGCGGCUGAACGAGAAGCAGGCGCUUGAGUUGGCAUUCCUCGUUGCCGACAGCCAACGUGAUUCAGCUGCGAAAAGUGCAAGUGUUUUGAACGGACAGUGAUCGGCAUUGUACGUGGAUGGGAGGAGAAGCGCAUGUUGGUCACCUGAUUUUCACUUCAGUUUGGCCGUAAUAGUCUCUUCCGGCCGAUGGACGACGCCUAGUAUCAUCUCGAGCGCCUCGAUGACUUUUUCGUCCUACGAGCUGCAAGGAGAUCGGGGCGUCAAGAUACUUCCUAGGCUCAUCUGAGAGAUAGGAUAUCAGCAUGGUCGAUGGGCAGGCAGGCAGGCAGGCAGGCAGGCAGGCAGGCAGGAGAACUUCUGUAGACUCACAGAGGUUGUAAUAGUGGUAAUAGGCUAGGCUCGUACAGCCAUGGUUGCUGAUCAAUAAGUGUUUUCAU